GCAGCGUCAUUGAUUACAAGCUACUGCAACGAGAACUCUAUUUCCACUUACUUACGACAAGACCAACUACGCCAUUCGAGCUAUACCACGUAACUUACUACAAUAAGCCCCCACCACCUAACCACCUAAGCUAUGACUCGAGCUAUGCAUUUUCUAGACCCCCAGGUAACAAAUUACACUGAGAGAUGAAUGAGCUGAGGCGUUAUAUUUUUUUACAAUUAGACUUUGACUUACUCUAACAAACAAGUCGUCCAUCGAGGUCGAGGAGUACCAUUACCAUUUUACAAGCUAAUUAAUGUACAUUGCUGAGCCACAUCUCAUUUUUACAAAUGAACUUGGGUUCUACCUUACAUGUACAACUUGUCCAGUGAACCACAGAGCUCAGUUAUCACCGAUCCCAAUGAAGGUCGCGACAUGGAGGUCGUCGAAACUACAAUGCAAAACCGAGUUACAACUUCAAAUCGGACUACUCGAAUACAAUUAUUUGCAAUAUGUUGAAAUCUAGACUUCUCAAUCUCAUCAUUAUUCCAGCAUGACAAGAAGUCUUUGAGAGUCACUUCUUAUGAGCAUACGCAUUCGGCAUCAUGCUAUGUAUUUUUCUUCUGUUAGAGUAAGGAGUGUACCACGCCUACCUACACCUAGUUUGCUUUUUGGAGGUGUAGUAGUGCUAGUAGGUUUUCUAGAAUUCUUUCUAGGUACAACAAUCAUCAUCCUCAUUUUCUAGAGAUCCACCUGUCACUCAAGAUGAACAAAGACCACGCACCCACUUGUACUAUAAUAUGUAACGAAGUCCUUUAAGGACCUCUGGCGGCUGGCGACCACGACCGGUGUUUUCACGACCUGCAAUCGUUCAUUACGACCGGUGUUAGUGUUUUCACGACCGGUGUUUUCACGACGUCGUCUUGGCCAUGUCCCGUGUGCAUCGGAGAUGAUUAUUUUCAACCACCGCGAGAUGGUCUUGGUCUACAAAUCAUUUUACAUCAUACUAUAGAUACUAACUUAUAUCUUCUUCUUCUUCGCAGUCGCUGAUCUCCGUUGAGCCCCUCCCAGCGCAUUUUACUUACUCUCUCUCAUUCAAAUGAAUCCACCAAGAUCAUGGAAAUAUAGGCCAAGUUG